AUGUCGUUGCGCAAGGGACGUAAUGGCAAAAGCUCGCCUGCUUCAAGUUCACGUCCAUCGAAUCAGAGUUGGGAAGACGAUGAGUACGCCCAAAUUAUUGAAGGGUUGAAACGCAUCUACAAUCACAAGAUUCGACCACUUGAAACAACCUACAACUUCGAAGGUUUUCAUUCGGCACCAUUGACUGACUCUGAUAUCGAGGCGAAGCCUAUUGUGUUGCUUAUUGGCCAGUAUUCGACCGGAAAAACGACAUUCAUCCGCUAUCUCCUUGAUAAGGCAUAUCCUGGUGAACAUAUUGGUGUGGAGCCAACGACUGAUCGUUUCGUGGCUGUGAUGAAUGGAGCCGAAGAUCGGGUGAUACCCGGCAACGCAGCUGCUGUGAACCAAGAUUUGCCCUUCCGAGGAUUGAACCGUUUUGGUCAAGCAUUCUUGUCUCGUUUCCAAGUCUCUCAGACACCUUCAUCCGUGCUUGAAAAUAUGACAAUUGUGGAUACACCUGGUAUCUUAGCAGGCGACAAACAACGCAUUGAACGUGGAUACGAUUUUACCUCCGUCAUUGAGUGGUUUGCUCAGCGUGCCGAUCUCAUUCUCCUCAUGUUUGAUUCACACAAGCUGGAUAUCUCCAACGAAUUCAAGAAUGCCAUUCAUUGUCUACGUGGUCAAGAAGAAAAGGUGCGCGUGGUUCUCAACAAGAGUGAUAUGGUGAGCCAACAGCAAUUGAUGCGAGUUUACGGCGCCAUGAUGUGGUCACUUGGCAAGGUGGUUCAAACUCCUGAAGUAAUGCGCGUGUACUUGAGCUCUUUUUGGACUGAGAAACCACCCAAUUGCUUUGAAGACUGCCGGGAACUCAUUGAAGCUGAAUCAAAAGAUCUGUUGAGAGAUCUUAAGGACCUUCGACGCAAUGCAGCUAUUCGCAAGAUCAAUGAAAUCGUGAAGCGCGCACGUUUGGCAAGGGUUCAUGCUUUGAUCAUUAGUCACCUAAAGAAGGAAAUGCCUUCCAUGUUUGGCAAGAAGAAGAAGCAAGAAGCAUUGCUCAACAACCUUGAUCAAGAAUUCCUCAAGAUCCAGCAGCGCCAUCACUUGCCACCUGGUGAUUUCCCCAAUCCAGCCAAGUUUAAACAAAAUCUCGCUUUGUAUGAUAUGGACAAGUUCAAGUCUCUCAAGGAAGAUUUGCUUGAUCGUGCUGAUGAGGCAUUGUCGGUUGAUCUUCCUCGUCUCAUGUCCAAGUUUCCUCAAGUCAAUCCAGAGCUGGAAGAGUCUCAACGCAACCCAUUCGAGGAGAUCGAUCAACCUACCAACGGCGAGUUGCCUCCAUCUUACUGGCACUUUUCUUCGGUAGACAAGCCGGCCUAUAUACCCGUUUUCCAAGGAUUACACCCUCGUGAAGGCAAAGUGAGCGGUGGUGCAGUGAAACCAGUUUUGAUGGAUAGCGGGCUGCCAAAUGACAUACUUGCUCAGAUUUGGCGUCUCGCAGACUUUGACAGUGAUGGCUACAUGGAUAUUGACGAAUUCGCCGUUGCAAUGCAUCUCAUCAAGGCUGUACAAAAUGGUGCUGAACUUCCAGAAAAGCUUCCAUCCACAAUGUUACCUAGGAAAUUCUAA